CCUUCUUCCCCAACUCACUCGUUUCUCCAUGGAUGUCCAGAGAGCUCUUCUUCUUCAACCCAACUGGAUGUCCACCAAUGAUUAUUACAUGGGCCACCAUAAGGAGGCUGAUUUAAUCAGAGAAGCCACUCUUGUCUUGACCAUGGAGGUCGAAGAGACGAAGGCCAAAGCGGCGGCGGAGAUGAAGCUCAAAGACGCCGAGAUUUCCCGACUCAGGGAAAUGGUCGCCGCCGCCAUUAACGACCGGAACGAAGCUCUGGAGAAGUGCCGGAAAUUGGCCUUCGAGAAUAACAAAUUGCUGCUCCGCCAGAAGAAUUCUAGGGUUUCGACCUCCGGCGACGAUCUCCGGCUCGAUUCCGGCAACGGAGGAUUCUCGGCGUCCUCCGACUGCGACGAGAGCAUUGUUUCGUCUCCUCCGCCUUCGCCGUCGCCGCCGGUGGCGGUGACGAAGCCGCUGCCGGAGAAGGGGAAGCUUCUGGAAGCCGUGGUGAAGGCCGGCCCCCUCCUGCAGAACCUCCUCGUCGCCGGGCCCCUGCCGCAGUGGCGGCGGCCCCCGCCGCCGAUAGAUAGCUGCCAGAUACCGCCGCCGCCGGUGGUUGUUCCGAGUGGCCGGAAAAGGGGCGUGCUCGGCGCCGUCGGCGGAUUGACGGAUCCCGGCGGCGAAUACAGAGAUUUUGACCAACAAAUAAUUAAAGGGUCGUUUUUCAGCGAUACGAAUCAAACUAUAAAUAUUUAAAUAAUAAUAAUAAUAGUAAUUAAUUGGAAUUAGUCGUUAUUUUAGUGAUUGGCAGAGAAGAUUAGGAAAGUUGGUGCUGCAAACUGGUCGAGACUCCUGCCCCCAUUUUGUACAGUAUUUAUUUAUUUAUUUUUAAAUAUGUAUUGGAAUUGGUUAAAGUGCAGAGCUAAUUAAUACUGCAAUCGGAAGAAAUAUACAAGGUCG